AUGGUAUCUUCAUACUUUCUGCUACAGAAAAGCGAACCCACACCUGUGAACACUGUGGUAAAGCCUUCUUUCAAAAUUCUCAUCUCCAGUUUCACGUAUCCGUCAUCCAUUUGCAGCAACGCCCGUAUACCUGUGAACACUGUCAGAAAUCUUUUUCUCGAAAUUACACUUUACAAACACACAUCAAAUCUGUACAUUUGGAGCAACGCCCCCAUUCUUGCGAGCACUGUGGAAAAUUGUUUUCAAAGAAGCAUCAUUUGCAAAGGCACAUAG